CUGAAACGUAAUUGUGUGUGAAGUAUAGUUAAUGUUCCCGAAAAUCAAAUAAAAACUAUGAUCUCAUAAUUAUUUAAAUGUGGUUUUUUUAGAGUCUAUUAGAUUUUAAAGAUUUUUAAUGUUACCUCUUUAACAUUUUACUGUGCAUUUCUUUAACGCCAAGAAGCAAUGCAGCAGUCGCCAUUUGAAAACAUAUUCAAUAUUAUCGGAGGAAUAACGGAAGGAAACGAGAAACCCAUGAAACAUGGGUUUUAUAACGCUUUCGCCCUAUUCAUAUUAGCUAUAUGCUGUGUGGCAGUGUAUGUGCUAUUUUUAAUUUUAGAGCCCUUUUUCAAGCCUCUGUUUUGGGCUCUUCUAGUUGGUUCUUUGCUCCAUCCAUUUAAGUAUAAACUUUCGAAGAAGCUGAAAUCAUGGUUCGAAGAUCUGGAGAAGACGAACACGUCUGUGGUGGUUGGUUUGAUGGUGAUUCCAAUGAAUGUGGUCAACUAUGCUUCAGACACUGUUGGGCAACAGUUCAUAGAUCAUUAUAAGACUAUAAUAGGAUUGUUAUCAGCAAUAUUUGUAUUUCCAUGGCUAUACAACGCAGUACCUCGGAGUCUAGUCUGCCUCUUCUGGCAGUUUAGCAGUUUCAUCAGCUUCUCCACCACAUUGUUGAUAAGCGUCUGCAGCUCUUACAUUACUUUAACAAUAUUCUUAGCUUACAUUAUUAGUGUAUACAUACUAUGGACACCACAAAGAGCCACUAUCUUCCGUAUUACAUCACAUAUGCUAUGGCUGGUUAUCUCGAGCUUUAUAGCAAGUCUCACAGGAUCUCUGCAAGUCUACACCUUCGUGUUUCUUCAAGCAAUAUGCAUAACUGGCUUUGCUUUACAAGUGCUUGAUGUACAUAAGAAAUUAUUGGAAAAAGAUCCAGAAGCCUCUCUCAUACUAGCCUUCUUUAAAACAAUUUCAAAUAAUGAAGACGAAGAAAAAAAGGUAGAAGAUAAACCAGAGGAGGUGCCUAUAGAGUCCAGUGAGCAAGAAAGUACUCCAGAAAAGGACUCCCCAUCUCCAGUUACUCCUGAAGGCUUAGUGAAAAGAGGAAGCUGGGCAUCUAACGAGCCUAUCCAAAGUUCCCCGCGACACCCAAAAAUUCUGUUCAAAACAAGAACAUUAUCCGCUUUGCCGUUAUCGAAUUCAAAAAUUAAAUGCGACACACGAUUCUUGAAUGCGUUCAAGCAAAGAUCGUUAGACGAAAACUACAUUAAGAACAACUUUGACAAUGAUGAAGAAACUGCUCUUUACUUCAAACUCUUGUUUUUCGGAUGCCUCUGUAUGCUUGUUUGGAAGCAUAUCUGGUUAUUGCCAGUCACUCUGUUCUUCCUGGCUAUACAUGUCAUGAAGAGGUUGUUGGACUACUUCGGUGUAUGGCUGUUCUUUGAGAACCAUUACAAUAAUGUCAUGGGAAAAAUAAAGGGCUGGUGGAAAUUGAGGCAGUCAGCUUUACUACCGGCACACGUUCGUGGGUUAGGCAAGAUGGCGUCUGUUUGCAAUGCUAGCUUCCGAGACAUGGGGUAUAGCUCGGUGGAUACGGUGUCCACGUGCAUUGUCAUUGUUGGACUUAUAUUAUUCCUGACUGUUGCUAGCGUCUUCAUAUUUAUACAGAUUUAUUCAGAAGCGAUAGUAGUAGUCCAGUUAAGCGGUAGUCUUUUGAACAGCACUUAUGUUCAGAACAGCGAAUUGCACGCUUAUCUACCCGAAGGAUGGGAAGAGAAACUCGACUCGCUCAUUGAUAACGCAUACACUUACGGGAGGGAGGGAAUCUCUACUGCGGUAAAAAGUAUCCUGAAAGAGGGCGAUCCAGAGAAAAUAAGUCGUGUUGAACAACAAAUAUUGGAGUUAUGGGAUCGAGUGUACCAGAGUUGGGUGUCGGGACACUUCGCGUCUACUGUUGGGCCGCAGGUCGACGGCGCUGCGAUACAAGACUCGUGGGAUAACCUGGUCAAUGAUGUGUCUAACGCGCCUGGCAUGUUCGACUACUCAGGAAUAGUGGCGUGGGUGCAAGCCAACGUUGGCACUCUAAGUGCUAUAGCUACGAGUAUAUGGGCGCCAUUGGCAAGCAACGUCUCUCUAUUGGCUGGAUCAGUGGGAGCGUUCACGUCCCUGCUACUCUGCGGUGGAAGCGCCCUCAUUAACAUGUUUAUCAACUUGGUUGUAUUCUUCACGACUCUGUUCUACCUGCUGGCGUCCAGUAACGCGCUGUACAAGCCAGUGGAGGUGAUCACACAAGUUCAACCUAACUUUGGACCUAGACUCGGCAUCGCGCUCUCUGUGGCUAUUAACCAGGUAUUCCGAGCUUCGUUCAAGAUGGCGUUGUUCUACGGUCUAUGGACGUGGUUGGUGCAUAACCUGUUUGGCGCUAAAGUCGUUUAUCUACCAUCAGUGUUAGCAGCAGUGUUAGGUGCAGCGCCGUUCCUGGGCCCGUACCUAGCGGGUAUACCGGCCGCCCUGGACGUAUGGCUGCAAGGCAGACCAAUGGCCGCAUUACUCCUACCCAUAGCGCAAGCAGCUCCUAUAGCUUUCCUCGAUGCUGCCGUCUACGCUGAGAUUAAAGACGGCGGCCAUCCUUAUGUGACCGGUCUUGCGAUCGCCGGCGGUAUUUUCUACCUGGGACCGGAAGGUGCAAUCCUUGGCCCCCUCCUGCUCUGCUGCCUCAUGGUGGUCCUCAAUCUGUCCUCCACAUUCCUCAGGGACACACCUUCCGAGGAGAGGGCAGCUCUGCACUCGAGAGUCAGGUUCGGUGCUUAUCUCUGAUGGGCUUGCAUGCACCACUAACUCGUUACGUCGUCACCUCAUUUGUCAAUUGAUAUAAGCAAUAUGUAACAGCUGGACACCAAAUGUUAAGAGUAACUUACAUUAAAUACUCAUUUUGUACACUUCAGGACAAAUUAUUGGGACAUCUAUAAAUAUAUAGCCUUAUAUUAGAUAUAUGUGCACUAAAUAUCUUACUAGAUGUCAUGUCCGCAAAAAAAAGUUUAGUAAAAAAUGAAGUGUACCAUUUAAUUUGUCCGCAAGUGUAUUAUAUUAUAUUUAUUGUUAUAUCAUUAACUAGUGACAAACAUCGCACGAUAUUAUAAUUAUUAUAUUAUUAUAUACUUAGCCACUCACUCAAAGCUGAAUCUGUGUCAAAAAGCCAAAGAGAAGCUUAAUACAGGACUCUCUACACUUAGUGCAUGAUAAGUGCCGUUAAUAAAUGUGCUGUUUUAGUAAAGUUACAGCCAGUUUUACGACUUUACUAUAAUAUAUAUUUAUAUAAAUUAUAAGUUUAAUGUUGCAUUAUUACCAGCCCAUUAAAAGCAGGAACUUGUGAGACUGGCUGUUUAUAUUUAUUAUAAGUAUAUAUAUGUAUUUUAAUAUUUUAACCUACAAAAAGAACCUCCACUAUAUUGUGUAAGUCUCAACUCGGAAUUAUGUUUUAUCUCAAGUUAAGUAAGGUCCUCUUCAACCAAUCAAAACUGUUAUUUAUAAUUGAAUAAUAAGUCCGUAACACUUUAAUUGUUAAAUCUAAGUAAAAUAAACUGACAAAUAUAUGGUCCAUUAAGGGCAUGUGAUGGACACAUAAAAAUAUGAAAAUUAAUGCAGGUUGAACUAACCAAGUAAUCUGAUUGGUUUGUGGAAUCACGUUAGGCUUUUUGACGUGUAAAAUUGCCG